UAGAGUCGGCCGCUGGCGCGCACCACACGAAAAUGAUAUAGUGUAUAUCGCCUUCGAACGUUUCCCUAUAUUCGAGAAUUAAUAUUGUGGAAGCGUACCUCAAAUUAAAGACAAAGGUCCUAUAGACCUCACCAAAAUGGCAGAAAAAGCAGAAUUUUACUACCAAAACAUGGAAAACCUGAAUGGAAACGAUCCGACCAUGCCCAACCUGAACCAAGAAAUCCCCCACGAAAGCGUCGAGUCCAUAGCAGACUUCUUCAAUGGAUCCAUCGUCCUAGUGACCGGAGGAACCGGCUUCGUAGGCAAGGCUCUCUUGGAGAAACUCCUGAGGAGUUGCCCAGGGAUUGACACGUUGUAUGUGCUCAUGAGACCAAAGAGAGGGCUGACCGUGGAACAGAGGUACAAGGAUCUCCUCAAAAAUCAGGUUUUCGACCGAAUCCGCGCGCGCUGGCCGGACCGACUCAGCAAGCUUACACCCAUCACCGGUGACGUCAGCUCCCCACAGUUGGGAGUCAGCCCUGAACAGCGUCUGCUGUUGGCCAACGUGACUGUGCUGUUCCACUCAGCUGCCACAGUGAGGUUCACUGAACCGCUGCACAUGGCUACCACACUGAACGUUCAAGGGACAGCGUCGAUGCUGAAACUGGCUGAGGAUAUGCCUAAUCUGAAGGCCUUGGUCCACGUGUCCACGGCGUACAGCAACGCCCCGCGGUCCCAUAUCGAGGAGAUGGUGUACCCCCCGCCUUAUGACCCGGAUAGCAUCAUGAGAUGCACCAAGAUGCUGCCAGCUGAAACCAUUGACGUCAUUGCACCGAGUUUACAGGGCGAGCAUCCUAAUCCGUACACUUUGACGAAGGCCCUGGCGGAGUCUAUAGUGUACAGCCACACCAACUUGCCUGUCUGCAUCGUGCGCCCUUCUAUUGUGACCGCGGCCUUCCAGGAACCAUUUCCGGGAUGGAUCGACAACGUUUUUGGAGUCACCGGUAUAAUAAUGGAGAUAUCUCGCGGGACCUACCGCUCGGGGUACUGCAAGGAGCGGUACGUGGUCGACCUGGUGCCUGUGGACGUGGUGGUCAACUGCUGCAUCCUGGCUGCGUGGAGACAGGGCUGCAGGCAGCCUGGUCGCUGCCCGGUCUACAACGUGACUUCAGGAGCCAUCAAGCCCCUCCAGUGGGGGCAAAUGACGAGACUGUGCGUUAAAUGGGCGAGAGAGAACCCUACCAAAUACGUGAUGUGGUACCCCAACUUUGGAUUCACGGAGUCCCGUUUCCUGAACACGUUCUGGGAGGUCUCCUGCCACUUCUUACCAGCUUUCCUGUAUGACGUGGUGUUGAGAGCUCAGGGGAGGAAGGCUAUCAUGAUGAAGAUCGCCCGCCGCUUCAAGUUAGCUGCCGCUACUGGCGAAUACUUUGCCAACCGAGAAUGGCAGUUCGGAAUCUCCUCUCUGACCGCGCUUCACUCCGAAGCGAACCAGACUAAAGACGCUGCUGUGUUCCCGUACUGGCCUGCACAGUUCAGUUGGGAGACUUAUAUUGGAGCGUAUAUGCUGGGGAUCAGACGGUUUAUACUAAAGGACACGCAGGAGUCGCUGCCGCAAGCCAGGAGUAAAUUGAGGAGGUUGUAUUGGGUGCACAAACUGUUCCAAUUCGCCACCGGCUACUAUGUGUUUAAGUUUCUGUCGGGACGUCUACGGUAAAAUAAUAUGUAAAACUAUUUUAAGUCUAUAAUUUCCUCUUAUUUAAAUUUAGCAUAAAUAACACGAAUGUAAGGUUUGCGGAAUUCACGCGGAGCAAAUUUUAUGUUACCACUACUCCCCGAUAGAUGGCACUAGUAGUAUGUAACAAUAUUUUUUCAUUACUUUUUCAAACUCAACAUGAAUUUUAUUAAUAUGUAGUGCCUUUUUCAAAUUGGAGUGGCAUGUACAAAUUCCAAAGGUCUUUACUUAGAUUAAUUAAUAGACGAUACUAAUUCUUUUUUACUUGUCACAAAGAUACUCAAAAGAUUAUGUUUUUAAUAGUGAUUUUGAACUUUCUGACAUUUGAACACCGAUUAUGACGAUUGUAUUAUAAUUUUACACUAGAUGAAUAACAAUAGCAUAAUUACUUGCCAAUAAUUAAUUACCUACUAUAGUUAAAUGAGUGCAGUUUACUUUUGUAGAAGAGUAGAUUUUCUUCUAACAUUUUUGAUACCACUACUCUCCGAUAGAUGGCGUUGUUUCCAAAAAAUAAAGUUGAUGUUUGUAUAAAUAGAAAUAAAAUAACAUCAUCAAUAAAAUAAUAGCAAAGGAUAUUAUUUUUUAGUAAAAUAAUUUGUAAUUAAGGUCUUAACACGAAAAUUCGUUAAUUUUAACUGAAAAUUUUCGCAAUUUUCCUUUUUAAACCCAUGUUGUAGUUGUGUAUGUACUUAAAACAAGAUUUUAUUUAAUUGCUGUUCAUAAUACAUUUUGUAAGAUUGUUGAUGCAAAUUUUUGAUAUCUUUUAUUGUUCAAUAUGGGACUGAAUCAUACAAAAUAGUUUGGGAAAAGCCUUUGAAAAAAUUUACACCAUAGGUAGGUAUCCUUAUUUUCAAAAUUAUGUUAUAGUAAAUCAUGAAGAUAUGUAAAAAUCACGUUUAGCAUACAUAAACGUAGACAUUUCACUGUUUUCACAAAUUAAAUAUUAUAAUUGUAAGUGUAAAUGGAAAUAAUGCGU